AGUCGUGAGGGAUUGAGCUCUGCUCCCCUCACUCCAAUCUCUCAAUUAUUCAGCCACCAGAUCCUCAACCAAGCUUUCUCUAUCAUGCACUGUCACAUGCAGGUGUCGAUGGAUCAUUAAUCACCAUGAAAAACACUUUCGCACAGGCACCGAAUAGGCCCUUGGCAGUUUAUGAUGUGACAGUGUGGGUGUAAGGUGGCACAAUGGCUGCAAUGAUACCACCUGUGAAGUUAAAAUGGCUGGAGCACCUCAACAGCUCCUGGAUUGCUGAGGACAGCGAGUCCAUCUCCACCCGUGAAGGGGUUGCUCUGCUGUACAGCAAGCUUCUGACCAAUAAGGAGGUGGUUCUUCUUCCUCAGCAGGUGCUGUGUCUUAAAGGCCCCCAGCUGCCAGAUUUUGAGAGGGAGUGUUUGUCCAGUGAUGAACAAGAGCAUUAUUUGGAUGCGCUGCUGGCCAGUCAGCUAGCCCUGGCCAAGACAGUCUGCUCGGACUCGCCUUUCGCCACUGCCCUGCGCAAACGCCUGCUAGUCUUACAGCGAGUGUUUUACGCAAUUUCUAAUAAAUACCAUGACAAAGGCAAAGUCAAGCAGCAGCAGCACUCAACCGAGAACACUCUGGGUUCUGCAGACUUACAAGCUGUUAGUGAGCGACCCCGCUCUAGUACGGAUGCCCUUAUUGAGAUGGGCGUGCGGACGGGUCUCAGCUUGCUUUUCGCUUUGCUCAGACAGAGCUGGACGCUUCCACCGGCAGGUCCAGGAAUCAACCUCUGCAACGAUGUCAUCACUACAGCCAUCGAAGUGGUGGGUUCCCUUCCACCGCUCUCACUAGCCAACGAGAGCAAGAUUCCACCUAUGGGCCUGGACUGCUUGGCACAGGUGACCAUGUUUCUGAAAGGAGUCACUAUGCGGAACUCGGGGGCAGAUGUUGUGGGAAGGAGGCUUGCGUGUGAGUUACUCCUUGGGUUGGCGGCGCAAAGAGGAUCGCUGCGCUACCUGCUGGAGUGGGUUGAGAUGGCUCUAGCAGCAUCAGCCACCGUCAACAGCCUGGAGCCCAACCAGGCGACACAAAGCCAGGAGGGACUAAUGGGAUACGACUGCUUCAUGAACAUUCUAAUGCAGAUGAGACGUUCACUGGGUUCAUCUGCUGAUCGCAGCCAGUGGAGAGAGCCGAAUCGCACACCUGAUGGCCUCUGUUCCCUAUAUGAGGCCGCACUUUGUCUGUUUGAGGAGGUGUGCCGUAUGGCUUCGGACUACUCAAGAACAUGUGCGAGUCCAGAUAGCAUCCAGGCGGGUGAGGCGACUAUGGUUUCUGAAACCUGUGAGGUGUACGUAUGGGGCAGCAACAGCAGCCACCAGCUUGUCGAGGGCACACAAGAGAAAAUCCUGCAGCCUAAACUAGCUCCCAGCUUUAGCGACGCACAAACGAUUGAAGCUGGCCAGUACUGCACUUUUGUCAUUUCCUCUGAUGGUUCAGUCAGAGCGUGUGGUAAAGGUAGCUAUGGCCGCCUGGGACUGGGUGACUCAAAUAACCAGUGCACUCUUAAGAAGCUGACUUUCGAACCUCACCGUGCCAUUAAGAAAGUAUCAUCGUCCAAAGGCUCGGACGGCCACACGUUGGCAUUCACCAGUGAAGGUGGGGAGGUGUUCAGCUGGGGUGAUGGAGACUAUGGCAAACUAGGUCAUGGGAACAGCUCAACUCAGAAAUACCCUAAACUAAUACAGGGCCCUCUACAAGGAAAGGUGGUGGUUUGUGUGUCAGCAGGUUAUAGACACAGCGCUGCAGUCAGUGAGGAUGGAGAACUCUACACAUGGGGAGAGGGGGACUUUGGUAGAUUAGGUCAUGGUGAUAGUAACAGUAGGAACAUUCCCACACUAGUUAAGGACAUCAGUAACGUGGGUGAGGUUUCCUGUGGAAGCUCCCACACCAUUGCUCUGUCUAAAGAUGGACGUACCGUCUGGUCCUUUGGAGGUGGAGACAAUGGUAAACUGGGCCACGGAGACACCAAUCGUGUGUAUAAACCUAAGGUGCUAGAGGCGCUCCAGGGAAUGUUCAUACGCAAAGUCUGUGCUGGCAGCCAAUCCUCUCUGGCCCUGACCUCCACUGGACAGGUGUUUGCUUGGGGAUGUGGUGCAUGUCUUGGCUGUGGUUCGUCUGAGGCUACAGCUCUGAGGCCAAAACUGACUGAGGAACUUGCCACAACCAGAGUAGUAGACAUCUCAAUAGGAGACAGCCACUGCCUUGCUUUAUCACAUGACAAUGAAGUGUACGCCUGGGGGAAUAACUCCAUGGGUCAGUGCGGUCAGGGGAACUCCACUGGCCCCAUCACCAAGCCCAAGAAGGUGAUUGGAUUAGAUGGCGUUGCCAUUCAGCAGAUCUCUGCUGGCACCUCCCACAGCCUGGCAUGGACUGCUCUACCAAGAGACAGACAGGUGGUGGCCUGGCACAGGCCGUACUGUGUGGACCUGGAAGAAAGCACUUUCUCUCAUCUCCGCUCGUUUCUGGAGCGAUAUUGUGAAGGCAUCAAUAAAGAGAUCCCACCACUGCCUUUUCCAUCCUCCAAAGAACAUCAUAACUUCUUGAAGCUGUGUCUGCGCCUCUUGUCCAAUCACCUGGCUCUAGCAAUGGCAGGGGGAGUGGCCACCAGCAUUUUGGGGCGGCAAUCACGGCCACUCCGUAAUCUGCUCUUCAGACUGAUGGACGCAUCAGUGCCAGAUGAAAUUCAAGAGGCUGUCAUUGAGACUCUGUCAGUGGGAGCAACAAUGCUGUUGCCUCCUUUACGGGAGCGCAUGGAGCUGCUCCACUCGCUCCUUCCCCAAGGGCCAGACCGCUGGGAGAGCCUCUCCAAAGGACAGAGGAUGCAGUUAGACAUCAUUCUCACUAGUCUGCAGGAUCACACUCAUGUGGCGUCUCUGCUGGGCUACAGCACUCCUCCAGAUGCCUCUGAGCCUCCUGCUCAACCCUCCGACUCUACUCACAUGCCUGACACACACGCUGAUACACAUCCUGACACACACUUGGCGGAGAUCCUAAUGAAAACUCUGCUCAGGAACCUCGGCUUUUACACGGACCAGGCUUUUGGAGAGCUGGAGAAGAACAGCGAUAAGAUCUUGCAGGGAACGUCAUCAUCUGAUAGCAGUCAGCCUGCUCACCUGCAUGAGCUGCUCUGUUCCUUACAGAAGCAACUACUGGCCUACUGCCAUAUCAACUGUGUUACAGAGGGUUCCAGCAGUGUUGCACUCCUCCAUAAACACCUGCAGUUACUGUUGCCUCACGCCACUGAUAUCUACAACCGAUCCACAACUCUUUUGAGGGAAAGUUCUGGAAACGGCAGCGUGCGUAAAAAGCUACGAGAUGUGAUCUACAUGUCUGCUGCGGGCAGUAUGCUGUGUCAGAUUGUGACGUCCUUGCUGUUGUUGCCUGUAUGGGUGGCACGGCCGCUGCUCGGCUCCCUCUUAGACCUGCUUCUCCCUCUGGACCGUCUCAACAGACUUCUGCCUGCCGCUGCUCCUCUGGAGGAGCAGGAGCUUCAGUGGCCACUACAAGGAACCCCAGAUCUGGGUGAUCCGCUGUGUGUGCCAGGGCCGGCGCAGUGCUGGGUGUGGCUGGUGGAUUUAGAGCGUACUGUCGCCCUGCUGGUGGGACGAUGUCUUGGUGGAAUGCUGCAGGGAGCUCCGCCCUCACCAGAAGAGCAGAACACUGCCCAUUGGCUCAAAACACCUCUCUUCAGUAACGGCUUAGAGACUGACAUACCCCAGCUUGAUGCUUGCAUCAGCUCUUUGCUGGAAGUGGCUCUUUGUGGAAAUGAAGAGCAAAGACCAUUUGACUGUCAGUUAUGUGCAGAUGUGACUGUGAUGGUGGAUUUGGCUCUUGGAUCGACUAAAGAACCCACAAACAGCCUGUGGACGAACAUGCAGGACUAUGCCAUCAGCAAGGAUUGGGAUAGUGCGUCACUGCCCAAUGAAGCUCUGCUAGAUAUGGUGUCUCGCUUUGUUCUGGCUGUUCUACUGAAACACACAGGGCUGCUGGGACAGGCUUGUGGAGAGGGGAGGUAUCAGCCAUGUAAGCUGUUGGCAGAGGUCUAUCGCAGUGUUUAUAAAGUGAGGAAUCGCCUGUUGGCUUGCAAGAACAUGGAGCUCGUCCAGACCCGGUCUUCAUCCAGAGAGCGCAGAAUCUCUGAUAAUGUGGACUCGCUAGAGAUGGACCCUCAGGAGCACUCGUUCACCCGUACCAUAGACGAAGAGGUUGAACUGGAGGAGAGAGAUCGAGAGAGAGACAGAGAGGAGGGACACCAUGAACAGGAAGAUGACGAGGAGGAGAGAGAGCAUGAGGUCAUGACUGCAGGAAAAAUCUUUCAAUGUUUUCUGUCAGCACGGGAAGCAACACGAGGAAGAGACCAGGAUCGACCCAGCAGCAUGAGUGGACAGGAAGAGGCAGCUCAGCCCGGUCUGGAACGCAGGAACAGCACAGCUCCUCAGGAAGGACAGGAUCUGUACACCACCGCAUGCAAUGCUGUCAUCCACCGGUGCGCCAUGCUCCUGCUGGCCGUCAGCAAUCCCCUCGCUCACAACAGUCAGCAACCCCUGGUGGGCGGGGCAAACCAGGAUGGAAGCGUGUUUAUGACAAGGAGCGAGAGCUUGUCUGCUGAAAGUCGGUCCAUUCAGAACAGUCCCAGUUACAGACUCACAAAAUCCAGGAGUGAGUCUGAUCUCUCUCAACCAGAGUCUGAUGAAGAAGGAUACUCACUGAAUGCGAGGAGGAAUGUGGAUCUGGAUUUAGCUUUUGUUCCUAAAAAAAGAGGCUUUCUCUACAGUUCUCCAGAUUCCUCUGCUGACUGGUUUGGAAGACACUCGGCACAUGAGUGUUUGUACAGUUCUUCACAGUCCUACGAGGAGUCCGACCUCGAUCUGAGCCAUUCGCUCAGGCUUCAUGCGCUCAUCGAGAACAUCGUGAACUUCAUCAGAGGAGAUAUUGGAAAUCCUCCUGUGUUCAAGGAACCAGAAGAGAGCGUGUCCACCAACCCGCAGGCCAUUAUAACAGCCAUGGGGCAGCAACAGAGCCGAGCAGAGUUGCGUCUGGAGGCCCUGCAUCAGAUUGUGGUGUUGAUUUCUGGGAUGGAGGAGAAGUGCAGCCAGGCGGUUUCUGGAGGUGGAGAUGAACGUACAGACCUCAGUUUUCACUCUGCCUCUCUGCUCACGUCUGUCAGACUGCAGUUUCUCUCUGGGUGUUUUAGCCUGGGUGCCGUCAGCAGUGGAGGACUGAAGGGAGAGAGUGUCCAACUGCACCACUACCAGGAUGGAAUCCGAGCAGCCAAGAAGAGUUUACAGAUGGACAUUCAGACUGCUGUGCAUAAGAUAUACCAGCAGCUAUCCGUCACAUUAGAGAGAGCCCUGCAAGCUAACAAACACCACAUAGAGGCCCAGCAGAGGCUGCUUUUGGUGACGGUCUUUGCUCUAAGUGUGCGAUACCAGCCUGUAGAUGUGUCCCUGGCCAUCUCCAGCGGCCUCUUGGAUGUACUCUCACAGCUUUGUGGUACAGAAACUCUUCUUGGACAGACUCUGCAGCUCCUGCACAAACCUGCGGGCUCUCAGCUCAGCACUGCUCUCAAAGUGGCCAGCACAAGACUGCUGCAGAUACUGGCCAUCAGCACGGGGACAUAUGCAGAUAGGUUGAGUCCUAAGGUGGUCCAGGCACUCUUGGAUCUUCUUUGUAGUCAGCUGAAGACACUGCUGUCUCAGGCUGCUAGAAGCACACUCAACUCAAGUCUAGAACUUCAGGAGAAAGCGGACGACUGCGCAGAUGAUCAGAAAAAAGAUUUCCGAGCAUUUUUACGCAAGAGACACACUGCAGAGCUGCACCUUGGAGACUUCCUUGUGUUUCUGCGUCGAGUUGUCUCCUCCAAAGCAAUCCAGUCUAAGAUGGCCUCUCCCAAAUGGACUGAAGUACUUCUCCACAUUGCCGCUCAGAAAUGCUGCUCAGGUGUUCCGUUGGUUGGUAAUUUGAGGACCCGAUUGCUAGCCCUGCAUGUACUGGAAGCUGUACUUCCUGCCUGUGAGAGCAGUGUGGAGGAUCAUCAGAUGACCCAGGUGGUGGAGAGAUUGUUCUCGCUGCUCUCCGACUGUAUGUGGGAAGCACCUGUUGCUCAAGCCAAACACACCAUUCAGCUGAAAGAGAGAGAACAGGAACUCAAACUACAGGGUGAGACAGAGGAAGAGGAGGAAAAUUUGCCUAUUCAGGAAGUGACCUUUGAUCCGGAGAAGGCACAGUGCUGUGUGGUGGAAAGUGGGCAAGGGUUGACUCAUGGCAGUGGAGGCAAAGGUUACGGUCUGGCAUCCGCUGGCAUUUCCUCUGGCUGCUACCAAUGGAAGUUUUACAUUGUGAAGGAGAACCGUGGAAAUGAGGGCACGUGCGUGGGUGUGUCACGCUGGCCCGUCCACGACUUUAACCACCGCACAACGGCGGAUAUGUGGCUGUACCGUGCGUACAGUGGCAACCUCUACCACAAUGGAGAGCAGACCCUCACUCUGUCCAGCUACACGCAGGGAGACUACAUCACCUGUGUGCUGGAUAUGGAAGCUAGGACGGUGUCCUUUGGCAAGAAUGGAGAGGAACCCAAACUUGCUUUUGAGGAUGUUGAUGCCACAGAACUUUACCCUUGUGUGAUGUUCUACAGCAGCAACCCAGGAGAGAAGGUAAAAAUCUGUGACAUGCAGAUGAGGGGCACACCCCGUGACCUGUUACCCGGCGAUCCCAUCUGUAGCCCUGUCGCCACCAUCCUCGCAGAAGCCACCACCCAGCUUGUUCGCAUCUUACACCGCUCUGAGCGCUGGACCCAAACCAUAAACCGCAGCAUCCUCCAGCGCCUCCAGCAGAUCCAUGGCUGUCUCCGAGAUGAAACUCACCCGACAGGGGCCACCAGACUGCGCAAGAGCCGCUCGGCACAGAGCCGUGAAGAGCAGGACGAGAAAGAAGAAGAGCGAGAUGGGGAGAGAGGAAGAUGCGGACGCCACGCAACAGCGGAGCUGUCUGAGACGCAUCUCCACACGCUGUGCCACCAGGUGUGGCCAGUGUUAGCUGUGAUCGGGGGAGUAGAUGGUGGGUUGAGGAUGGGGGGACGGUGUGUGCACAAGCAGACAGGGAGACAAGCCACUCUGCUGGGUGUUGUGAAGGAUGGGAGCACUUCAGCUAAGGUGCAGUGGGAUGAGGCAGAGAUCACCAUCAGCUUCCCCACUUUUUGGUCGCCCAGUGACACGCCGCUGUACAACUUGGAGCCCAUCGAGCCUCUGCCAUUCGAUGUGUCUCGUUUCCGCGGACUGACCGCGGCUCUGCUGCUGGACCUCACCACCCUUGCCAGCUUGCAGGACGACAGCCCCAGACCCGCCUCAGCUCGCCGGCACGAGCGCAGACACCGGCACGAACCCAACGAGGAACGCGAGGGUGAGCCGCAUGCCAAACCGACUGAGGGAACAGGCGACCUGCGUGUAUCUCACAGCUUGGAUGAGGUACGAGCCCGUGCGCCUCCCAACUCCCGCUCUGAGAGCGAGCUGGCGACCUAUACUCAGGAUGCCUCACAGCAGGCUCUGGCAGAAGGACGUCGCAGGCUGCAGGACACAUUGGGGUCACAGGGAAUCUCGCAGGAGGCGGCCGCGCAGGUUGAAGUGCAUGCGGUGCAGCAGUCCUAUCUGUACCUCGGAGCUAUGAAGACUUUGAGCGUGCUCCUGAGCUGCAGUAAAUAUGCAGAACUGCUGCUCAUCCCCAAAGUGAUGCCCGACAGCGGCCAUAAUGCAGAUUGCGCUAGCCCCGGCGUGAGUGUCUGUCAGGAGGAGGCGGAGCUGCGAUCGGCUCUGCAGUUCCUAAUGCGACACAUGGUUAAACGAGCAGUGAUGAGAUCGCCCAUCAAAAGAGCGCUCGGACUGGCGGAUCUGGAGCGGGCUCAGGCUCUGAUCUAUAAACUGGUGGUCAACAGUCUACUUGAUGAACAGGAAGGCUACAGCGCCAAACCAGUUGAAACGGAGUGUGAGGAGUUAGAGGGCGACCAACAAUUUCAGACACCAGUCACCACCUCCCCCUCAGCAUCCAGCAGCACCUCCUUCAUGAGCUCUUCACUAGAGGACACCACCACGGCAACCACGCCUGUUACCACGGCAACCACACCUGUUACAGAUGCUGAGACAGCACCAGCUUCUGAGUCACCUGGAGUGAUGCCUCUCAGCCUACUCAGACAGAUGUUCUCCAGCUACCCGACAACCACCCUGCUGCCAGUGCGUAGAGCUCAGACCCCUCCGGUCACAUCGUUGCCUACCUCACCAUCAGAUGAGCAUGGCCGUAGACAGAGCUUAUCAUCACCCGAGUCCCAGCCCGCCAGAACCACCAGCAGGACAGCAUUAUCAGACCCCACCAGUCGUCUCUCCACAUCUCCGCCACCACCUGCUAUCGCUGUUCCACUGUUAGAAAUGGGUUUCUCACUCAGACAGAUCAUGAAAGCUUUGGAAGCAACAGGUGCAAGUAGUGAGGCAGAUGCUCAGAACAUCACUGUACUUGCCAUGUGGAUGAUCGACCACCCGGGGACGGGAGACUCAGAGGAAGCUUCAGAUCCCUCUGGUGCUGCUGGAGGGGGUAAGAGUGGAGAGAGAAGUUACCUGCGUUCCCCAGAAGACAUCCCAAAUGCUGAUUCUGCAGAGAUGGAGGAAGGAUUUAGUGAGAGUCCUGAAAGUCUCGAUCAAGAUGCGGCCUCUGCCUCAGCCGGUCCCACUCCCAGAGGUCGCUCCGCAGCUAGCAGGAAGCAUCGCUUCGACCUUGCUGCCCGCACUUUACUAGCUCGUGCAGCUGGACUGUACCGCUCAGUGCAGGCGCAUCGAACCCAGGCACUUCGAGAAGGCUCUGGACUGCAGCAGGAGUCUGGACCUCUCGGGGCACUGUACGACUUUAAUCUAGAUGAAGAACUGGAACUGGAGCUGGAUCAGGAGGCCAUGGAAGCCAUGUUUACGCAGGAACUUGCAUCCGACUCGGACAUUCUGGGAAUGUGGAUCCCGGAGGUACUGGACUGGCCAACAUGGCACGUGUGUGAGUCUGAAGACCGUGAUGAGGUGGUGGUGUGUGAGCUCUGCGGAGUGAGCGUAUCCAGCUUUAACCAGCACAUGAAGAAGAGUCACCCGGGCUGCGGUCGCAGCGCCAACCGUCAGGGCUACCGCAGCAACGGUUCCUACGUGGACGGCUGGUUCGGAGGAGAGUGUGGAAGCGGGAAUCCGUAUUACCUGCUCUGUGGCAGCUGCAGAGAGAAGUACCUCAACAUGAAGAGCAAGAUUAAAGGACCACUGCCAGAGAGGUAUAAAGGUCAAGCGCCAGACCUGCUGGGAAAACAAGACAGUGUGUAUGAAGAAGACUGGGACAUGCUGGAUGUAGAUGAUGGCGAGCGUCUGACGGGUGAGGAGGAGUUUGAGAUGCUAUCGGCUCCGCUGGGUCUCAGUGAACGCAGAGCCGUCCCUGAGGCAGUUCAUUUUCCAGACACUGACCCCCUCGGAGCCUCGGUUGCCAUGGUUACUGCAACUAACAGCAUGGAGGAGACUCUACUGCAGAUAGGUUGCCAGAGCUCAGUGGAUAAGAGCUCAUCAGGUCGAUUGUCUCUGGGCGAGCAGGCAUCCAGUCUGCAGACAUCUGCCGAUCGUCUGGUGGCUCUGAAGAGAGUCACUGCAGCAGCACAAGUUCUGUUGGCCAGAACAAUGGUCAUGAGAGCACUGUCUCUGCUGUCAGUUAGUGGGUCUAGUUGCAGUCUGGCGGCUGGAUUGGAGUCUCUGGGCUUAACAGACAUUAGGACUCUGGUGCGUCUGAUGUGUUUAGCUGCUGCAGGUAGAGCCGGACUAUCCACGGGUCUUGCAUUAGGCCCUGGAUGCUCCGAGCGCCCACGAGGGGGCAGCAAGCCCACCAAACCCAUCUCCUGUUUGGCGUACCUCAGCACUGCCGUGGGAUGCCUGGCAUCAAACAGCACCAGCGCUGCCAAGCUCCUCGUCCAGUUGUGCACUCAGAAUCUGAUAUCAGCUGCCACAGGGAUGAAUCUGACAACAGUGGAUGAUCCUAUCCAGAGGAAAUUUCUGCCUAGUUUUCUAAGAGGUGUGGCUGAGGAAAACAAGCUGGUGACGUCACCCAAUUUUGUGGUGACUCAGGCAUUGGUGGCCCUGCUUGCUGAUAAAGGUGCCAGACUUCGACACGGUUACGACAAGGCUGAACUGGAAAAGAGAGCGAGGUUUAUGUCUCCUAUCUAUGCCCACCUUUCCUGUGCCCCCCUUGUUGUAGGGCCCUUGGAGCUGGCAAAUGCGCUGGCGGCGUGUUGCCUCUCGUCCCGACUCUCGUCGCAGCACCGCCAAUGGGCCACGCAACAGCUGGUGCGCACACUGGCCGCUCAUGACCGAGACAACCAGAGCCGUCCACAGACCUUUGCCGAUGUGGCAGGAGACCUGCGGAAGUGGACCACCUUUAGACUAGAGGCUAAUCAGAGCAGGGUGAUCACAUGUGGGUGGUGUAGCAAAAAAGGCCUCCUAGUCACCAGCGGGAAUGAUGGAACGGUCCGAUUUUGGAACGUGACCAAUAACCAGUACACUCUUCAGCAGACAUGCAUCUUUAACAAAGCCGAUGACACUGUGGAGGUGUCUUUGAGUAAUCUGGGAUCACCAGGCGAUCCAAACCUGGCUCCAGUGGCCUGGAGUGUCAGUGGGAAGUAUCUGGCUGCUGCCAUGGAGAAAGUUGUUAACAUCUGGCAAGUCAAUGGUGGGAAGGCCUCGUUGGAUCUGCAACCCUAUUGGGUGUCAGCAUUGGCUUGGCCGGAAGAAGAGGCGGCUUCCCUGUGGGGUGGGGAACCUCGAGAGCUGCUUUUGGUGGGUCGUAUGGAUGGGACGCUGGGCCUACUUGAGGUUUUGGAUGAUUCAGACCUGCAGAGAACUGAACUUCAACACUGCUUCAGGAAAGACGUGGCUGUGAUGCAAAUUGCAUGGUACAGUGAGGACCGUCCUUUCGCAGUUGGAUAUGCAGAUGGAAAGCUUCUGGUUGGUUCUAAGGAGCCCUUAGAAAAUGGAUCUGUGGUGGUCAUUGAUGCUCACAAGGAAAGUAUCAGUUCAUUGCGUUGGGCUCCGGGUGGACAAGUGUUGCUCAGCUGUGCCAAAGAGGAGAUUGUGCGUCUCUGGACGGGAUCGGGGACAGGUUUGAGCCAAAGUUGGGCUUGUCUGCAAAGCAUUACCCACCCUGCUGUUGUCAAUGCGGUUGUUUGGUGUAACCUGCCUGGUCAAGGACCUAAACCUCUCAACAUGUUUGCCACAUGUUGUCAGAAUGGUCUGGUAUCUGUGUGGACUGUACCACAGGACCCUUCAUCAUAUUCACAGUCCAGCACUGCCUGCCCUGAUGCAUGGUGGGAAACAGAAUCCAAGUCCAAACUGAUGCUGGACCCACAGCGGUGUGAAGGAGCACUGUGCGUAUUCCAGCUGCGAGGUCACAUGACUCCCGUUCGGACAGUGGCGUUCAGUCCAGAUGGGCUGGCACUGGUGUCUGGAGGGGUUGGUGGACUGUUGAACAUCUGGUCAUUACGGGAUGGAUCAGUGUUGCAGACUGUAGUUACUGGAUCAGGAGCUAUACACAACACUGUUUGGAUCCCUGAUGUAGGUGUGGCUAUCUGCUCCAAUCGCUCUAUGGAUGUGUUGGUGGUGAAUUGCUCAGCUGAGUUCAUGGCAACCAAUCAUGUGUUGGCAACCUGCCGCACGGCUCUAAAGAAACAGGGCGUUGUGGGAUUGAACAUGGCUCCAUGCAUGAGGGCCUUUCUGGAGAGACUUCCCAUCAUGCUUCAGGAGCAGUACGCAUAUGAGAAGCCUCACGUAGUUUGCGGUGAGCAGCUUGUUCACAGUCCUUACAUGCAGUGCCUUGCGUCUCUGGCGGUGGGUCUCCAGUUAGACGCUCUGCUGUGUCACCCACCCGUUCAACCUCACCUGGCCCACUGCCCACCUGAGCCUGGCACCACCACCUCGCCCUCCCCCGGCUCCUGGUCAAGCACUGAGUGGGCGUGGCUUCACUGCUUCUCCACCACUGUUAAAACGGCAGAGGCUCUCGCACGUGGAAUCACCUUUCCUGAGUCUUUUAUCGUACCGGAUCUGGAGCCCGUGGCCACGGACAAACUGGCACUGCUUAUGGAUAACAGCAAAUGGGUGUGUGGGGUGGAUGAGCAGAUCAUGUCUUGGGCCAUUUCCAGACCAGAAGACUGGCACCUCGGGGGAAAGUGUGACGUGUUUUUAUGGGGUGCUGGCAGGCAUGGGCAGCUUGCCGAGGCUGGGCGAAACAUUCUGGUGCCAACUCUCGCUCCCUCUUUCUCUCAAGCCCAGCAGGUGGUUUGUGGGCAGAACUGCACAUUUGUGAUCCAAGCCAAUGGAACGGUGUCUGCGUGCGGAGAAGGAAGUUACGGACGCCUCGGACAAGGAAAUUCAGACGAUCUACACGUCCUCACUGUCAUAUCAGCACUUCAAGGAUUUGUGGUGACUCAGCUGGUCACAUCUUGUGGGUCUGAUGGUCAUUCAAUGGCUUUAACUGAGAGCGGAGAGGUGUUCAGCUGGGGAGAUGGAGAUUACGGAAAACUCGGCCAUGGCAACAGCGACAGACAGCGCAGACCACGGCAGAUAGAAGCGCUACAGGGAGAGGAAGUGGUGCAGAUGUCAUGUGGCUUUAAGCACUCAGCUGUAGUGACUGCAGAUGGAAAGCUCUUUUCUUUUGGUAAUGGAGACUACGGCAGACUGGGGCUUGGUAACACAUCUAACAAAAAACUGCCAGAAAAAGUUAUUGCUCUGGAAGGUCACCAGGUUGGACAGGUUGCAUGUGGGUUGAAUCACACUCUGGCUAUAUCGGCUGAUGGAAUGAGUGUAUGGGCCUUUGGUGAUGGAGACUAUGGCAAACUGGGACUGGGAAACUCCACAGCCAAAUCAUCUCCACAGAAAGUGGAUGUUUUGUGUGGAAUUGGAAUAAAGAAGGUGGCAUGUGGGACUCAGUUCUCUGUUGCUCUAACCAAAGAUGGAAAUGUCUACACUUUUGGGCAGGAUCGUUUGAUUGGUCUGCCGGAGGGCCGAGCACGGAAUCAUAAUCGACCUCAGCAGGUUCCUGCUCUGAUGGGUGUGUUCAUGGAGGAUGUGGCUGUUGGGGCGGAGCACACACUUGCACUCUCAUCAACUGGAGAUGUUUAUGCCUGGGGGAGCAACUCCGAGGGACAGCUGGGCUUGGGCCACACCAACCAUGUCAGAGAGCCGACCCUUCUGACUGCUUUGCAGGGGAAUAACAUCCUACAGAUCUCAGCGGGACGCUGUCACAGUGCAGCAUGGACCGCACCUCCUGUACCGCCACGUGCUCCAGGUUCAUCAGUGCCUCUGCAGCUGGGUUUGCCCGUGUGUGUGCCUCCACAGUACAGUGCUUUAAGAGAGGUCAGUAUGGAGGCUCUGAGAGCCAGACUCCGUCUGCUCUACCACUUCUCUGACCUCAUGUAUUCUUCUUGGAGACUGCUCAAUCUCAGCCCCAACAACCAGAGCUGCACAUCACGCUAUAAUGCUGGAACGUGGGGUAUAGUCCAGGGUCAGUUGAGACCCCUGCUGGCCCCUAGAGUUUACACACUCCCCAUGGUGCGCUCUAUAGGGAAAACAAUGGUGCAGGGCAAGAAUUACGGACCGCAGAUCACAGUCAAAAGAAUUUCCACAAGGGGGAGGAAGUGUAAACCCAUCUUUGUCCAGAUUGCCAGGCAGGUUGUGAAACUGAACGCGUCAGAUUUGAGACUGCCAUCCCGUGCCUGGAAAGUAAAACUUGUGGGGGAAGGGGCAGAUGAUGCUGGAGGAGUGUUUGAUGACACAAUUACAGAAAUGUGUCAGGAGCUGGAGACUGGAGUGGUGGAUCUUCUUAUUCCUUCACCCAAUGCUGCAGCAGAGGCGGGCUACAACCGAGACAGGUUCUUGCUGAACCCCUCAGCCUGUCUGGAAGACCAGUUGUUGCAGUUUAAGUUUCUGGGGAUUCUGAUGGGAGUGGCCAUCCGCACUAAGAAGCCUUUAGACUUGCAUCUGGCUCCAAUGGUGUGGAAGCAGCUCUGCUGUAUUCCCCUGACCCUGGAGGACCUUGAGGAGGUGGAUCUGCUCUAUGUGCAGACCCUUAACAGCAUCUUGCACCUGGAGGACAGCGGCAUCACAGAGCAAAACUUCCAUGAGAUGAUUCCUCUGGAUUCAUUUGUUGGUCAAAGUGCAGAUGGAAAGAUGGUUCCCAUCAUCCCAGGUGGGAACAGCAUACCAUUGACCUUCUCUAACAGAAAGGAAUAUGUGGAACGUGCCAUUGAAUAUCGACUUCAUGAAAUGGAUCGGCAGGUGGCGGCGGUACGAGAGGGCAUGUCAUGGAUCGUCCCCGUUCCCUUGCUUUCCUUACUAACAGCACGGCAGCUGGAGCAGAUGGUGUGCGGGCUGCCAGAGAUCAGCGUUGAGGUUUUAAAGAAGGUGGUCCGGUACAGGGAGGUAGAUGAGCAGCAGCAGCUGGUGCAGUGGUUCUGGCAGACGCUGGAGGAGUUCUCCAAUGAAGAGCGAGUGCUGUUCAUGCGCUUCGUCUCUGGACGUUCCCGUCUGCCGGCCAACACUGCAGACAUCUCUCAGAGAUUUCAGAUCAUGAAGGUGGACCGGCCAUACGACAGUCUUCCCACCUCUCAGACGUGUUUCUUCCAGCUCCGCCUCCCUCCUUACUCUAGCCAAUCGGUGAUGGCGGAGCGGCUGCGUUACGCUAUUAAUAACUGCCGUUCUAUUGAUAUGGACAACUACAUGUUGUCCCGCAACGUGGACAAUGCAGAGGGGUCGGAUACAGAUUACUGACAUCCCAAACUUACACAAGCACAUGGACUUUGUUUAGGAUUCGGUGCAGGCUUUUAUGAUUUUUAUGAUUCAAAAACAUUUUCACGAAAACAUCUUAAACACAUAAUUCAGUGUUUUUAUUUUCACAUUUUGUUUUUAGCAGAACAUGAAUGGGCAGUACAAUUUGUUUACACACAACACACAGACGUGUUUUUUUUUCUCUUUCGCCACUAUUUUUUGGCUCUGCCUUUUUUCAGAAUAUUCUGCAUGAAAUUGAUUCAUUUUAGAAUAUGUAUAGAAUAAUGGAGAAAAGAAUAUUGUACAUUAUGUAUAAUGCUUCAUUAGGAAAUUGUUUUACAUGAGUAUCUGUAUUUAUUUGAAUUUUGAAAAGCCUAAACCAGGUUUCUUAUGUCAGAUGCAAUACAUGUUUCCAUCUAACCUGCCUGUUAUCUGUUUCAUUGAAGCCAAGCCUGAAGCAACAAAUGAAAAAAAGUGGUUCUUUUUAGACGUUUCAUGAUAAAUGUUCAAACAGUU